GCGGCCCUUCAGUCUCUUUACUGCGGCCUGUUUCCAGCUAGGCUGCUCUCCUGGUACCGUGUAACGUAGUCUUUCUGGACCGAGACAAGCCGCCAAGAUGGUGAAGCCACGUUUCAAGGGACGGAACACCAUUAACCCUUCCACCUCCAGCUCUAACCCAGAUCGUGUAAAGGGUGUUGGAGGUCACAAUAUGAGGGACCGGGCAACUAUCAAGCGCCUCAAUAUGUACCGCCAGAAGGAGCGGAGGAACGACCGUGGAAAAGUGAUAAAGCCUUUGCAAUAUCAGUCAUCUGUCGCGUCUGGCACUGUGGCUAGAGUAGAGCCCAAUAUCAAAUGGUUUGGAAAUACUCGUGUCAUUAAGCAGUCCUCCCUACAAAAGUUUCAAGAAGAAAUGGAUGUUGUAAUGAAAGACCCAUAUAAAGUAGUGAUGAAGCAGAGCAAGCUCCCAAUGUCUCUUCUGUAUGAUCGGAAAAAACCUCACAAUGCAAAAGUGCACAUUCUAGACACUGAAAUGUUUGAAACAACUUUUGGCCCCAAGUCGCAGAGGAAGAGACCAAACCUUAGCGCCGGUGAUGUACAUGAACUGCUUCAGAAUGCGGAGGCAUUGGCAGGCAGCUAUGACCAAGACAAAGAUAGGGAUCUGGUUACAGAAGAUACUGGAGUCAGAGAGGAGGCUCGGGAAGAAAUUUAUAAGAAAGGCCAGUCUAAAAGAAUCUGGGGGGAAUUGUACAAGGUAAUUGAUUCUUCAGAUGUCGUAAUACAAGUUCUGGAUGCCAGAGAUCCCAUGGGAACCCGUUCCCCACACAUUGAGGCAUACCUAAAAAAGGAGAAACCUUGGAAGCAUCUUCUGUUUGUUCUUAAUAAGUGUGAUCUGGUUCCUACUUGGGCAACGAAACGCUGGGUGGCUCGCUUAUCUGAAGAUUAUCCAACACUGGCCUUUCACUCCAGCCUCACCAAUCCAUUUGGCAAAGGAGCUUUUAUCCAACUUCUCAGGCAGUUCAGCAAGCUGCACACUGACAAAAAGCAAAUUAGCGUGGGAUUUAUCGGAUAUCCAAAUGUGGGCAAGAGCUCUGUGAUUAAUACCCUGCGUUCCAAGAAAGUCUGUAAUGUUGCCCCAAUAGCUGGUGAAACAAAGGUUUGGCAGUAUAUCACACUGAUGCGACGAAUAUUUCUUAUAGAUUGCCCUGGUGUUGUUUAUCCAUCUGGGGAUUCUGAAACGGACAUCGUUUUGAAGGGAGUGGUACAAGUUGAAAAGAUUAAAAGCCCUGAAGAUCACAUUGCUGCUGUCCUUGAGAGGGCGAAACCGGAGUACGUCAGCAAGACCUAUAAGAUAGAUUCCUGGGAAAAUGCUGAGGAUUUCUUGGAGCAGCUUGCGUUUAAAAGCGGAAAGCUGUUAAAGGGUGGAGAGCCUGAUCGCCAGACUGUUUCAAAGAUGGUACUAAAUGAUUGGCAGCGAGGGAGGAUUCCUUUCUUUGUAAAACCACCAAAUGCAGUGCCACCUCCAGAGCCUCAGCAAACAUCAUUAGCAACGGCUGCUGGAACCAGUGCGAAUGAGGAAGAACUUGACGAUGAAAAUGCAAUCACAGACACUCAGGAAGCUGCAAUUUUGGAAAAGGAGGAGAUAAGAGAAAUUUUGUCAAAUGUUCGCCAAAACUUUCGAAAGAUUAACAUCGCUCCAGAAUUUUCACAGGAAGACUUGGUGCCUAUAGAGAUCGAUGGGAUGUCAGACAUUUCAGAACUGGAUUCGCAGGAAGGAGACGUUUUGUCAGAAAAAGAUGAACAUCCAAGUGCCCACAUUUCUGAUGCCGAAACUGAUGCUUGCUCAAAUGCCGAUCCGAACAGCGCUGCAAAGCAUAGUUCAAAGGUGUUGCUGCAAGAUUUGGACGAUAGAAUAGCAAAGUGCAAGAAGUUUCUGGAUAAAGCAAAAGCCAAACGAUUCUCUGCCUUAAGAAUUCCUAAAGAACUAAAUGACCACAUGUUUGCAAAACCAAAGCCACAAAAAGAAGCCGAGGAGGAUGCAGAGGAGCAGCCCAGUGAAGUGAGGACUAAACCAUUAAAGAAAAGAAAGCGUCUUGACGAUGAUGAUGAUGAUGAUGAGAAUCAAAAGCCUCAGAAGAAGCUAACAUCUAAAGAAAGAAGAAGAAUCGAGAGGCAGCAGCAUUCAAAGAAAGUGGGUGUGCGGUACUACGAAACUCACAAUGUGAAAAACAAGAACCGCAACAAAAAGAAAGUGAACCCCCCUCAAAACAGAAAUGUCAGACAAAAACAAUCAAAACAGAAACCUUGAUUAUUAUUGUCAUUAAAAGUCUGACUUUUUUCCA